CUAGAAGUGACAUGGCCGGCGACGAAGAAACCCCGCCGCUGCUCAUCCUCCACCACCUCCCCAACUUCAAGCUAUCGAUCUUCCCCCUCCUCCGCUCCAAAUACACCGUCCUCGACCCGCUCGACGACCCGCCCCACCCCUCAUUCCACCCACUCUCCAAGGCCGCCCGCCUCAUGCUCUGCACGGGGCCCACGCCCGUCACCGCCGCCGUCCUCGACGCCUACCCCGCCCUCGAGUGCAUCGUCGGCUCCAGCGCCGGCGUCAACCACUUCGACCUCGACGCCUGCCGCCGCCGCCGCCUCCGCAUUACCUGCGCCGGAGAUUCCUUCUCCGACGACGUCGCCGACUACGCCGUCGGCCUCGCUAUCGACGUGCUGCGCCGGGUCUCCGCCGCGGAUCGGUUUGUGCGGGCCGGGUCUUGGCCCGUUAUGAGAGAGUAUGGGCUUGGCUCGAAGGUGAGUGGAAAAAGAGUUGGUAUAGUCGGAUUAGGAAGCAUAGGUUCAAGAGUAGCCAAGAGGUUCGAGUCAUUCGGGUGCACCAUCGCCUACACCUCCACAAAACAGAAACCAAACAUUCCCUACACUUUCCACGCCAACGCCGCCCUCCUCGCGUCCAACGCGGACAUACUGGUCGUCUGCUGCGCCCUCACGGACGAGACGCGCCACCUCAUCAACGUCGAUGUCAUGGCUGCGCUGGGGAAGUCGGGCAUAAUCGUGAACGUGGGGCGCGGGGCGCUCGUGGAUGAGAAGGCCUUGGUUGAGAUGCUGGUGAAGGGUGAGAUUGGGGGUGCUGGCUUGGAUGUGUUCGAGCGGGAGCCUCACGUCCCGCGAGAGCUCUUUGCGCUGGAUAACGUCGUCUUGUCCCCGCAUCAUGCUGUUCUUACACCGGAGUCAAUGGGAGCCAUUGACGAUCUAAUACUUGCUAACAUUGAAGCUUUCUUCUCCAACCAGCCUUUGAGGGCUGAGGUGCAGCUUGAUCAGUUUGAUUCAUGAGACAAGAUGAAUGUAUGUGUGUUGAUGUUAUUGGAAUAAAGGAUGCAUGAACUGAAAAUAAUGUAUCCAAGUUAUGAAUUAUGAUGCUUUUUCUGAUUUGGAUGCAAUCACUUGUGUAAUCUUCUAAGUAAUAGUACUCCUAUAGGAGUACUACUCCCUUCAUCAACAAAACAUGACUUAUUUUGUUA